CUGAUAGGGGGCACUGACUGACACUGAUAGGCAGCACUGACUGGCAUUGAUGCACACUGAUAGGCAACACUGACUGGCACUGAUAGGUGGCACUGACUGGCACUGAUGGGUGACAUUGAAAGGCAGCUCAGAUGGGCACUGAUAUGUUGCAUUGAUGCGCACUGGUAUGCACUGAUAUGUGGCAUUGAUGUGGCACUGGCACGUGGCACUGAUGAGCACUGACAGGUGGCACUUCUGGGGCCACACUGAUCAUCAGGGCACACUGAUCAUCACUGUCAGCGUGACAGGUCGAAAGGAGAGAAUUGCCGAUAACCGGCAU